AUGGACAACGAUUUCUUAAAAAAGCCCUACGCGGAGAAGCCCAUAGUGCUAUCACCGCCGCCAGUCAACGGCUCAACUCAGGGUUCCUAUCAGAGUCAGCUUGCCAACAACACGAUGUCGGGACUUCCGAUUAAUUACCAUUCACAGAGAAACCAGAGUGUUGGAUACAAUUUGCAACAGGAGUUUGAGGCAUUAAAGGCCGAUUUGGACUUGGACUUGAGUCUUGCGAACGACAUCCUGGCCUCUUCUUACAAGUUGGGAUACAGCGGUGAUGAUGACGAGGCACAGUCCAUUCUGCUUAGGCCCGAUCAUCCUUCGGGAGGCUCUGGCUCGGCGCCGGACGUCAACCUUUCGAACCCCAUGACUGGACCCAACUCGGCCGUCGACCAUGCUUCUGUUGGAGCUGGCACUGGUGCCAGCCACAACCAUGGUUUGCUGCAGCGUCCGGGGCUUUUGUCUGGAACUGCCUACUCUAUGAAUCUGUCGAUGCUGGAGAACUUGGUGCGCGAGGGCUUGCCUCUUGGAAAACUGACGAGCAGUUUCUUGCCUCAGCUUCAGGCUCCUGCCAGGCCUCAGUCUGUUAACGAUUUCUCGCACUCUUUAGGAAAUCUGCACAAUGGACAGUUGCAUCUUAAUCAGAAAGGCUUCAUUGCCGACAUGAUGCUGGCAACCAGUUGGAUCGAAAGCCUUUCUACGCAUGACAUGGUUACUGUCAUGGACUACUGGUGUAAUAAUUUGCCCUACGAUGUUCUUCUUACCAUGAAGUGUAAGUUGGAGAAUCAUUUAGGAAACCAGAUGGGUCACGGGUUGCCACAUGUAUUUGGAAUCACGAACCAAUUCUCUCAGGACUACAGUACACCUGACUAUAGUGCGGAAGCCCGCUUGGCCUCGUCUGACCUUGGCCAAAACGUCUCAACCCUCAGCUCUGCAUCUGUUGACGGUAAUGGUAUCUCUUCUGCUGGUGGUUUACUUCAGCCAAAGCCCAAGGCAAAUGGCAACUUCAGAAGCCAUUUGUUCUCUGAUCCUAAGGUUCAGAGACCAAAGUCAGCUGAUCCAACCGUCAAUGGACGAUUGGCACAAGUCAAUGGUCCUUCUUCGGCUGGACACAAUGGAUACCCUAACCAAGCGUUCCCCUCCCCAUCUCUUAGAAAUCAACCACUGGGCCAGCUUGCCGUUGAUCGCGCACGCUCGCCCACAACGCAUCUUUGUGAAAAGACAAGCUUUUUGCAAUUGGCUGCGGGCCAGUCGCCACACUCGUUUGGGCCAUCCUCUGAGGACAGUUUGGACUUAUCUGCCGCGCUGAAGCUCGGCGCUUUGGCAACCAUUAACUCUCGAGUCGUUUUAGACUCAGGUCGUAAAAAUUAUGCUCAAGCUUCUGCUGGUCAACGUGGAGGUGUGAGCGCCACUGCAUCAUUCGAAGAGUCGCUCAAUCGUCAAGCACACUCUUCGUCAGUCCCUGUUGGAGCUCAAAAAUAUUCCACCGUGGCAAUGUCUGGAAGAAAAAAGGAAGGAGACUCUCCUGGAAAAAAAAUGGGAGGUGGUGUAUUAGGUGAUAGUUACUCCGGCGCCUCGAGCCCCCAAGCAACCAAUGCCUCUCUGGCUGCUGCAUUAGCUGCUCUGGCCGGAACUUCUAUGCCAAAUGAGAUAGCCAGCUUCGAGUUGUUGAACAACAUCCCAGCUUGGUUGAAGUUGCUUCGUUUGCACAAGUACACCGAUUGCCUCAAGGACAUCUAUUGGAAGGAUUUGGUCAGUCUUCUGGACCAACAGCUUGAGGAUCGUGGCGUGCGUGCUUUGGGUGCACGUCGCAAACUUUUGAAGGCGUUUGAAGCUGUCAGGCAAGCUAGGAUGUAG